CCGGCGGCAGCGGCGCCGCUGCCACCGCCGCGGCCGGCCACCUCCGCCGCGGACCCGGCCGAGUCGCCGACGCCACACCGAGAGCACCAGCCGCCCGCCCGUGAUGACUUCAUCAAAGUGGAGAAAAUAGACAUUGCCGACGACGACGAUGACGAGAGCUUAGAGGCCACGCUGGGCCAGGUGUCGACGUUCGAGGCGUCUCAGUUCGACGGGUCAGACCACUCAGCAAGCUCAAACGACAUGGCGGGCCUGCUCAGCAGGGUAUCAGAGCAAGGUGGUGGUGAGAUGCUGACAGCCGGAACAUCAGAAGAUGGAGCCUCACAAGGCGCGUGGCGGGCGGAGCCGGGCCGCCGUCGGCACGGCCCCAAGCCGUUCGGCUGCGAGCUGUGCGGCAAGGCGUUCGCGAUGCGCACCUCGCUGUUCCACCACAUGAGCCUGCACCGCGGCGAGACGGCCUGCCCCGUCUGCCAGCGCGUCUUCUCGCGCAAGAGCAACAUGCGCGGGCACAUGAAGACCAUGCACGUGUGGCGGCUGUUCCCAGCGCCGGCGGUGGCGGUGCCUCCGGUGCGGGACCAUCUCUGCCGGCUGUGUGGCAAGACGUUCAAGUACGACACGUCGCUGAUGCACCACAUGAAGGUGCACCGCGGCGAGACCACGUGCCGCGUCUGCGGCAAGGUGCUGAGCCGCACGGGCCAGCUGCACAGCCACAUGCUGACGCAGCAUCCGGAGCUGGUGCAGCCGCCGCCACCGCCGCCGCUCCCGUGAUGCGCCACCGCCGUUCAGCGGUAGCGGUCGAAGGUGGUGGUUCGAGGACGGGCGGGCAGAUGGCGCCGUGCGUCAGCGGACGGCGGCCGGGAAUGCCAGCGUCGCUCGGGCACUGGGAUGAGACGUUAGUGCCUGGUGGCUGUGCGGUAUGGACCGCUUCCGGGGUCAGUUUACGGCCGUGGUGAGCGAUGCCUGUGUUGCCUCAGCUCGCGCAGUUGUUGCCGCCGAGCUGAGUCCUGCGGACCACGGCCGGCCGGCGGGGGCCGCCCAGCCCAGAGCCGCCGCAUUGUGGCGCGAGGCACCGACGACCAUCCUUUGGUGCGGCUGCCAACUUUGCACGGAGGCAGCCAAGGUUCAAAGCGGCGCGGCCGCACUGGAUGCGACGGCAGUGAUGAGGGUGCCGAGCAGGUGCAUGGGUUCGACCCCUCAGCUGUAAUGGGCGGGGCAAAUGACGCGGCAGGCGGUGGAGUAGUGGAGUCCGGCGUGCGGACACACGUGCAUACGCGGCGUACAUAGCGGAGCUGUGAAUGCCUCGUGUCGUGUCUGGCCGGGAAGGGAAACAGGCCACUGACGCUUUAAAGCUGGCUCCGUCACAAGACGGAACUUAUGUUGGUGCUUAAUAAAUACAUAUGCAUGCGGCUGUCUGUAAUUUGUCACAUCAUGCGUUGUUUGUGGGAACGAAUGCUCCUGAAGCAUUUCUUUCACCAGCUAAGCGUGCUGCCUCCAGCUCACGUCGGGAAUGCGGACGCGUCGUUCAUUGUGUGGCACAAGACAUCAACUGGGAAUUGUAGGCGCUGGUCCCAUUUCACAUCAAUAUAUACUGUUUUGCGCUGUAAGCCGCAUUUGUUCGUGAUCUGCGCGGUGUGGUGACACGUAGCGUAAGACUUAUUGCUGCUUCAUGUCCGCUAACCUGCUCUCCGAGUGGCAGCCAGCUGACCGGUGACCAGCGUGGUACCCCCACAUAGGAUACAUGACUGGCCGUCAGCGAUGGCUGGCGCCUGCUGUGCGGUCGAACUGCACCGUUGGGCAUUAGCUGUCAGUCACAGACUGACUGCAGCGUCGUUCGUUCCAGCUCGCCGAGCAUUCGAUGCGGCUGAAGGCUGUAGGCUCUCAAUCCCAUACUAUUGCCGCCAGACUUUAGAGGGGUCUGACAGGUUCUUACGCCACACGCGGCUAUUGCUCGCCCACCGGUCAGCAGAAGUGAUGGUCCAUCGCAGUGGGAGGCCCGCGGGGCCAAUGGCCUGGUUGGCUGCGCUCAGUCAGGCUGGCCACUGGCUACAGGAGGCUGCCCUCGCCGUCUGUCCGCCGCCUAGACCCGGCCCGUGAUGUGGCCUGAGAGUUCUGUCUUCCCACUCCCGCCCUAACCUGACCUCUAAACGACGCCCUGACGUGACCUGACCGCUAACCGGCCGGCCUGCCA